AUGAGCGAGACAUUGUCUGUAAAGGAUGAAGAAUUCGAUGUGCUUUGUCCAACUUCUCCAGGGCCUUUUGGAAAAGCCGUUGUUGAACAUAUUGGAAAUUAUUUAAAUCAUAAGUAGGAUCAGAUUAAUCUUGAGACUCAGGAACCAGUUUGGUUUUGUGGGGGACAAGAAUCAGAAUCUAGCAUUUUUGGGUUUGAUUUGUGA